AUAUAUAAGCAACUGUCGACGUAAUCUCCUUGGUUGAAUCCAAGAAUCGAGCUUUGCUAGUUCUGAACCUAAGUGAAGCUCUCUCAAAGCCCAAGGUGAAAAAAGAGUAGAGAACCAAUACACAGACUAGAACUAUGGGCAUAUCUCAGCUGAUGGCAUUGAAGGCGACCGUCUUACUGUUAGUAUUUAUUUACUACAGGAAAUCUGGCCUGGCAUUGAUUUUUUUACCCUUUGUACACGCCUCAUUAGUAGCAUAUUUGGUCGCGAUCGCUUCUCUCCCUGCUGUGAACCUACCGCUGCUACUGGGAAAAACCUCUGAUGGGAGCUUCCCGAUUUGGUCAAUUAUUAUGUUCGGCCCUUUUCUUGUUUUUAUUCGGGUAUUUAACAGAUUGAGGAGAUUGUACAGUAUGGAACCACUCUAUUCUGAGAUUUCAGAAGGCUUAUACGUCGGAGGGUGGCCUUCUUCAUUUGGUCAUUUGCCUUCCGAUGAACUUGCUAUUAUUGAUUGUACAUGUGAACUACCGAGAAGCUCUUCUGUCUUAAGGAAUGCAUAUUUAUGUGUGCCCACUUGGGAUACAAGGGCCCCUCAGCCAUUACAGAUUGAAAAUGCAGUUCGGUGGGCAUGCAGGAAGAGGGCUCAAAAUAAAUCGGUAUUCAUCCAUUGUGCUUUUGGCCAUGGAAGGAGUGUCUGUGUGAUGUGUGCACUUCUAGUUGCACUCGGAUUAGCUGAAGAUUGGAAAAGUGCAGAGAAGAUGAUUCGAGAAAAGCGACCUUAUAUCAGAAUGAACUCUCUUCAUCGCAAAAACCUGGAAGAAUGGUCAAAGUAUCGGCUUUCAUCACCAAGAGACGGAGAAUCGGUUGUUAGUUCUGUGAUUAAUGCUUCUAAGAAACAGUGAUAGAAUUGGUUCACUGUUUGUACCAAAUUGGUCUUUCGAACAAGACUCUUGUUCAUUGAUGAAUCUCAAAGAUUCUUCCAAAACUUUAGAGAGCAUCUGUUGUUGUUUUCAUGUUAGUUAAUGGAGGUUCUGUAAAUUUCUUUGUGGUUAUUCACGACAAGAAAUUUUCUUUUAAAUUGUUUUAUUUUAUAUAUUGCCCGUUUAGGUACUUGAAGUUCAAGAAAAGGCUCGGUUAUUUCAA